AGUGAGGAGGGGAGGGACGUAUGUCGUUGCUCGUGGGGAGAGCAUCCAACCUAAUUGAGUUUUUAGAGGAUAUCGUUGGAAAUCUAAAUUAGUUUCAAUGAGUAUGGACUCUAAAGAUUACGACCAUGUCAAGAACCUUACGCUCUUAUUCUUCCUUGACCGGCUCAUGGACAAGGGUCAGCCGCGGACGCUGCAUGACCUCAGCUGUCAGUUCGGGACGAAAGGCUUCACCAAGGAAAUGCGUCAGAUCGCAGGCGGGUCGCAGUCCGGCCUCAGGAAGUUCCUGCAGCAGUAUCCGUCCCUGUUCACGCUCGAGGAGGACUAUGUGUCGGUCACCAACUACAGCAACGGGAUCUCCAACCCGCACGACCCGACGGGGAAGCUUCUGGGCAAAAGGGACUACGUCAAGGAGGCUGUGGAUUAUUUCGUGGGCAAAUUGCGCCAGUACGGGGCAGGGACGGAGGUUCCCAUUAAGUCCCUGCUUGGCCACAGGUCCCAGGCAUCGCCAGAGGUCCGUCACGUCUCGGGGCAACACGUGAAGGAGUUCAGGGACUUCCUGGUCAAGUCCCCCGAUGUGUUCGUGGUCGGGGAGGAGACGGUGAUCCUGAAGGAGUACGAGGGCGUGGCGCCCCAGCCCUUCAAGGAGCUGGAGGUGCCCAAGAUCGACCCGGUUUUGACACAGCAGGUGUUGCAGUAUUGCUCUGCGGCGUUGGUCCGUGGUCCGCUCAUCACAGAGACACUUUUCAACGGCCUGGUCAACGCGUUUCCCAAAGAGACGCUGUCGACUAUUUGCCGCUCGUCCAGCGACCUUACCACCUUCCUGAAGAUGCACUCGAACACCUUCUACAUGCAGGGCAAUAUGGUGCGCCUCGUGCACUCCGCCAGCGCCCCCGCCACCAACGCCACCACCAACUCCACCGCCCUCCCAUCCAUCAAUGGCACCGCCCCGUCCUACUCUCCGACCUCCUCCUUAUCCCCAGGCUUGCAGAAUCAGCAGCCGCAGCAGCCACAGCAGCAGCAGCCCCAACCACAACAGGUACAAAACAACAUCGCCGGUGGAAGAGGAGGGGGAGGGGGGAGAGGGGGAGGCGGCGUGUCGUCCUCCCCGGAGCGCGAGGAGGACCAGCCAGCUUCCCCCACAUCGCCCGGCUCUCCUGCACGCCCCCCUGCCGCCCCCCAGCACUCUCUACAGCAACAGCAGCAGCAGCAGAAGACCUUAAAGGCGCGAGUCAAUUCCCUCCUGAGGAAGACCCUGGCCGACAACAGCGAGCGUGACCGCGUCAGCUACACGAGCUCGGCUGCCGACGGCAGCCCGGGCAGCGAGGGCAGCGUGACCGGGCGCCUCAUCCGGCACACGCGCGUGGUGGUGUCGGUGCGGGAGGCGCGGCAGCUUGUGAGCAGCAUCCUGGCGGCGAGGCAGCCGGUGUCCUUCGACGGGGAGGGGGUGAACCUCGGUCCCUCCGGCCCGAUGACACUCCUGCAAAUCGGUCUCGUCACUGGGCAGAUCUACAUCUUCGACGUGAUGGUGGAAAGGAACCUCAUGUACGAGGGCGGCCUCAGGGAGCUCCUCGAGUCCUCCGACAUCGUCAAGGUGGCUCACGACUGCCGUGGCGAUGCUGGCGCCCUCUACCACCAAUUCGGCGUGACGCUGAAAAACGUUUUCGACACUCAGGCGGCCCAUGCAGUGUUGCAGCAGCAGGAGACCGGCAAGCCCGUGUACAAGGUGAAGAACGUCUCCCUGAACACCCUCUGCCGUUCCUACAACGCCCCCGUCAACCCACGGAAGGACCAGAUGAAAAACGUCUACAGGAGAGACCAACGUUUCUGGGCGCGCCGACCUCUCACGGAAGACAUGGUGGUAUACGCGGCCUAUGACGUGGUCGCACUUGUGCCCACUGUCUAUGAUGCCAUGAAGAAGCAGCUGGACCCUGCCCUCAUGCCUCUGUUUGAGGAGCUGUGCCAGGAGCAGGUCGAAGCCAUGAUCCAGCCAGAGGAGGUCAAACAGAAGAAGAAGCAGCGCAAAAUAGAAACCGAGGUAGCAGAACUCAAGACAAAGCUUGCGACAACCCAAGCCAGAGCCAUCGUCCUUUCAAACAGAGAGAUCAGAUUGCUUAGAUACCUAGAAUUAAGUGAUGAAGAACGAGAAAAACUGGAAGGGUCCUACAAAGUCGCUAAAAAGUUAGAACGUUUACAGAGCAAGAAAGAAAGAGAUGAAUCUCCUGACAAGAAUGAUGAUGAUGAUGACAACAGUGAUGAUGAUGAUGAUGACGAACGAGAUGGGGUUGAAGAAGGUGAAUAUCCAAGUCUGAGUAGUGUUGGCAGUGGAGGCUCUGGGGGCUCAGGUGGAGGACUAUUGUCUCCUAGGUGCGAUGGGGAGGCAGAUGCAGAUGGAUAUGGAGGUUCACCAUCACUCACCACAAGCAUGAAUAUGGUGGAACAAGUAUUGAGCAAUGGUACUAUGGAUCGGCUGGAGAAGAUUGACCGUUUGGAGGCCAUUUUAGCAGCAGCUACACAGUUAUCUGGAGGUUCAUCUCCUGCAGGCACCACCACCAGCAGCCCAGCUGCUCAGUGCUGCUGCCACUGCCACAGCUACUCCCAAGGAGCACCACUCUCUCCACAGACCUCCCCACCUCCCUCCCUGAACAGUGUGCCCUCAUCAUCAGCGCCCACAAGUAAAGCUGAUGCUGAGUGCCAGACUCUCAGUACAGGCGACAUUGUGAUCACCAAAGUGUUCUUCCCAGAUAGUCCUGAUAAUGUCAAGGACAAGAAAUGAUAUGUACAGCAUGUAUAUAGUUUUGUAUAUUUUUAAUUAUUCUUGAAAAUGUGGUCAAGGCCACAGUGUGAUAGUUAGGUGGUGUCAGAACAUGACACCAGUGAUAGAGGGCCUCUGGGCUCAAGCAGCUAGCUAGGGUAACUCACCUGCCUCAGGUAUUUAGCAUAAGACUGACAUCCCUUGUAUUUACUUGGGAGAAUGCGUCUUAUCAAAAAAUGCCUCAAUCUGGUAAUGUAUCCUACCCACCAGACAUGCUGGUGCAAGACUAACUCAAGCUUUAAUACCCAACACAAGUGAAACUACCAAAGUCUUUUAUCAUUUUUCCAGGUACUUAUUUUGCCAGACAAUUAUUCUUUUUAUUCUAUUGUUAUUAGACAAUAUAAAUUCAGCUUACUUCUAUGCUGAAGUAUUGCUAGAGUUGGGAUGCUUUUAGGGUUGGGAACAUAUCGUUAAAUGCCUUCUUAGGUACAUUAGGUUUUAUUUUAACUUAACUUACUCAGUGGUAUUUCUGGUGAAAUAUAUCAUUGAGCGCAGCAGGUGAGGCCAGGUAAGACCCAGACUUACCUGAGGAACCCAUGAGGAGCCUUCACUGCUCACAAUAAAUCCCUGUUGAGCAA